AUGCUAUCCAGCGAGCAGAUUACAAGAAGAGCAGUAGCCUCCAUUUAUACACCCUUUGAAAAGAAACAGAGGUGGGAAACCCACAAAGGUCUCCAGUGUGGGGUUGCAACCAGGACCAUGUGUGCAGAGCUGUUAAGUAAAUUAGUUACCCUGGCGUUGGUAUUUGCAAGCUUUGAUCCAGUUUUGGGCACAGAAGCCACCAAUCCGCCGGAAGGUCCCCAAGAGAGAGCCCCUCAACAAAAAGGGCGGCUGUCUUUGCAAAAUACAGCUGAAAUCCAGCACUGCCUGGUUAAUGCUGGCGAUGUGGGAUGUGGAGUGUUUGAAUGCUUUGAAAACAACUCUUGUGAGAUCCGAGGCUUACAUGAGAUCUGCAUGACUUUCCUACACAACGCUGGAAAAUUUGAUGCCCAGGGAAAAUCCUUCAUUAAAGAUGCUCUGAAGUGUAAGGCUCACGCCCUGAGACACAAAUUCAGCUGCAUCAGUCGCAAGUGCCCUGCCAUUAAAGACAUGGUGUUCCAGUUACAGCGGGAGUGCUACCUGAAACAUGACCUCUGCUCUGCCGCCAAGGAGAAUGUCCAAGUCAUUGUGGAUAUGAUUCACUUCAAAGACCUGCUGCAGCACGAGCCAUAUGUCGACCUGGUGAACAUCCUGCUCACAUGCGGGGACGAAGUGAAAAAGGCUAUCACCAGAAGCAUCCAGACCCAGUGUGAACAGAACUGGGGAAGCCUCUGCUCCAUCCUGAGCUUCUGCACCUCAGUCGUGCACAGCGACUCCACACUAGGUCCUGAGAGGAAGCCAGGUGAAGCCACCAAAGCCUCUACCAGCCGUGGGGACAUACUAGUCCACCCUGAGUCUGACCACAGGGAGAGCUCACGAGCUGCCAAGGGGGAGAGAGGUGGCAGGGCUCACUUGAACACCCAUCCCCGGGUUAAAGCUGGAGCUCACAGCCCCAAAGGGGCACACGGGAUCAUUGAGCGGGCAGAAGAACUGUCCGACUUCUCCGACAUCCGAAGGUGA